AUGAAUUCGACACCAUCAGCCCCUUCGGUUCUCGUUCUCGGCCCACCGCUUGUUUUCAAAGUUUACGAGACCGAAUUUUCCAAAAAAUACAAUUUCUUAAAACCAUGGGAAAAUCCUAUGCCUCUAAACCACUUCAUUUCCUCUCAUUCGACAUCUGUGAAAGCGAUUUUUUGUUCGGCUCUUAGCCCGGUCACUUGUGAUAUCAUUCAAAGCCUUCCUGAGCUCGAAUUUGUGUUGGCAAGUUCCAUUGGUGUUAACCAUAUUGACCUCCAAGAAUGCAAACGUCGUGGAAUCGUUGUGGCUAAUGCUGGCUCGUCCUUUUCGGAUGAUGUGGCUGAUAUGGCGGUCGGGCUUUUAAUUGAUGUCAUGAGAAGAAUUACUGCCAGUAAUCGGUAUGUAAAGAAUCGGGUUUGGCCUAAACAUCGAGACUACCCUCUUCAUAAUAAGUUAGGUGGCAAGCGAGUAGGGAUCGUUGGACUAGGAAACAUCGGCCUUCAAAUCGCAACAAGACUAAUGGCAAUGGGUUGUAUAAUAUCAUACACAUCAAGAACCAUAAAACCAAAUGUAACAUUCCCUUUCUAUCAUGAUAUUCAUCAACUUUCAUCGAAUUGUGAUAUCUUGAUCAUCUCGUGUGCAUUAAACGAUCAAACACAUCACAUGAUUGAUCGACAAGUGUUGUUGGACCUAGGGAAGGACGGAUUUAUCGUUAACGUUGCACGUGGGGCAAUCAUACACGAAAAAGACCUAAUUGAGUGUUUGGUUAAAGGGGAACUUGGUGGUGCCGGUUUGGAUGUUUUUGAACACGAGCCAAACUUUCCUGAAGAGCUUUUCGCGCUUGACAACGUCGUCUUGACACCUCAUCAUGGUGCCGUAACGAAAGAAGCGUGUAGGAAUCUUUAUGAUCUCGUAUGUAAGAAUCUAGAUGCGUUUUUCACAAAGCAAGCUUUUGACAAUGAAGUCACAAAUAUGUGA